CUCACAAAUUUUCAAAAGACACGCAAAAUAAAAUAUUCUGCUUGGAAAAUCUUAAAUUUAUACUGAAGCCGCGACAUUAUAGCGAAAUAUAAUUGCACAAAAUAUAAUAUUAAUCUUUGCAUGAUAGAAUUAUCAAACAUAGAUGUCAUCAGAUGGAAUAUUUUAUUAGGUAAGUAUCGAAGGGGUGAGUCUUUACACGCAAGUAACCGAAACUUUUAAACAAAAGCCAUUUUGUACAUCUCCCAAAACGUUCGUCAUGAAAAACAGACUGAAUCUUUUUCUCAGUUAUUAAAUUAUUUAAAAAAAUAAUCGAAUUGAUAACCGAGUUUCGGUAAUAAAACGCGUUAGAAGUGAUUACUAUCUAAACAAUGGAUAUUUUCAAUCAGCCCUGCUACAAAACCACCAAGAGUUUGGCUUCUUUGAUUGGACGGUGGCCGUAUCAGCCUCAAAAGCAGAGUUCGAUUAUUAUAACCAUCCUCUGGAUCGUGUUCUUCUUACAAGCUAUUCCGCAAAGUUUUGCUCUUGUAAUGUACGCUGAUAAUCGGGAAGUAUUUAUUGAAGCAAUCUCAACAUUUGCAGUGGAUAUUGUGCUCGCUGCCAAGUAUUUAAACGCAACUUAUCAUGCUAAAUUGAUAAGAAAUUUGUUCGAUAAAGUGCAGAGGGAUUGGAAGUUAGUGAUGAAUGAUGAAGAAAAACGUGUUCUGCAACAUCAUUCAGAAAUUGGAAGAUUAUUGACAGCUGGAUAUACAGCAUUUUUGACCAUAACGUUGGUGAUAUUCAUCAUGGAACCGAUUGUACCAAGGAUAUACAGCUUUUUUUCAACAUCCAAUGGAUCUAGCUCCCUUCGAUUCGCCCUUCCGCUAGAGUACGUAAUAAUUGACAAAGAAGAUCACUAUUGGCUAUUGCUGACCAUCUCUAAUAUAUUUGUUGUGGUUUUUAUAUUCGGUAUUAUUGCAUGCGAUGUUAUUUUCAUCACAUUACUGCAGCAUAUUUGCGGGCAGUUCGCUGUUUUGGGGCAUCGCAUAGAAAACACGCCUACUGCUGAAAUAACAAUAAAAAACGAAAAAGGAGAAUUCAUUAGUUCUCAAAAAAUUGAUCAAGAUGUUUCUUACCAACAUUUGGUUUCAUGCAUCCAAAUGCACACCAGAGCUAUUGAAUUUGCAGAACUUCUUGAAGAGUGUUUUGCUAUGAGCUUCGGCGUGCUAGUUGGCAUCAACUUACCAAUGAUAAGCCUCACUGGUUUUCAGAUCAUUACGCAAUCUAAUACAGUCCAGCAAAUUUUGAAAAGCUUGACAUUUAUUGCUGGUCAAAUGCUCCACCUUUUUUUUGACUGCUACAUGUCGCAAAAGCUCAAUGAUUCAAGCUCACAAAUCGCCCAAAGCAUAGCUAAUGUAAAUUGGUACAAACAAUCGAUUAAAUCACAAAAAUUGUUAGUUGUAAUGACAGUGAGGAGUCAGGUGCCCUGCAAAUUGACUGCCGGUAAAAUUAUGGAGCUGUCAAUUGAAAGCUAUGCAAUGAUGCUGAAGACGGCUGGGUCGUAUUUCACAAUGUUAUUGUCGAUGCAGUAAAAAUUUUGUCGAAGAUCUUUUCUACUAGUAUAUACAAUGUGAUUAAUGUAUUUGAGAGAAUUAAUUUUAUAGAAUAAUAGAUGUAAUUAGUAUAUUUAAUAAAUAGUCUCCCUUGA